AUGACUAGGUUUGCAAGAGCGAAAGGUUCCAAAUCCUCUAAUGAAAAGGCGCCUGAGGAUAGUACACCAUGGGAGGUCAUGAAAGAACAAAUAAUUCAGUCAAAGAAAGAAAGUGAAGACGCAAAGCAACGAAAAGAAGCUGAACAGCAGCGCAUAGACAACUAUAGCAAUUUCUUAAAAGAACGGAAGGUUCAAAAACGAAAAGCCACAUGGUGUGAUUUCCUAGAAGUUGAUUCUAAGAAUUCUAAUAUUGAUGCAAGUCAACCAAGUGAAGCAGUACCAAAAAAGAAAAAGAAAAAGAAACAAGACAAAUUAGAUAGCCAACAUGUAAAUAAUGCAGCAUUUCAUGAACCGCAAGUUGAGCCAAAAAGUGUACCAGAAAAAGAAAAGAAAAAGAAAAAGAAGAAAAAUAAGACACUUAAUCAAGAUACAAAACAAUCAUUUGAGCAUGAUAAUCAUCAGAAAGACAACAAAAACAAAAAUAGUGUUGAAGAUGACAAUUCUCCACAAGCAAAAAAUGGUGAUAUUAUACGAAAGAAAAAGAAGUCAAAAACCAACUUUCAUAAUGUCGAAAAGGAUAAAAAUGUAACAUCACUCAACAGUGAAACAAACAAAAAUAAUAUCCAGAAUAAUAAUGAACAAAAGUCAAAAAAGAAAAAGAACAAAGAUCAACCAAUACGCAGAAAAGUAAUAAAUGAUAGAAGCUUCCAACUAAUAAUUAACGGUAAAGAAGUUGAAUUGGUCAGAUAUGAUGGCUUUCCUAUUAUGAAAAAAGAUGCCGAACGGCUAGAUGAACUGAAAAAUAGUAUGAUUAAGAAAGGGAUACCCAAAAGUGAAGUACAAAGGACUAUGAAAUUAGAGAGAAGGAGGGCAGAAAAAGCUUUAGCUAGAAUGAAAAGAGAAGUUUGUUAUAAUUGUAGAAAAGGUGGUCAUAAUCUUUCAGAUUGUCCUGAUUUGAAAUCUAAAAUACCAGGUGUUGAAGGAGCAGAUGGACUUUGUUUCAAAUGUGGUUCCACAGAGCAUAGACAGUUUGAGUGUAAAGUACAAAGAGAUAAAGAGUUCAGAUUCGCAACUUGUUUUAUUUGUAAAGAAGCUGGCCAUAUUGCUCGACAAUGUCCUGAUAAUCCUAAAGGACUAUAUCCAAAUGGUGGAUGUUGCAAGCUUUGUGGGGAUGUCACUCACUUAAAGAAAGACUGUCCAACAGCAAAAGAUAAAAAAGAAGAAAGCUCAAUAAAAUUGCAGACUUUGGGCGGUGCAGAUAACAUUGAAGAUAUUAGUCAAAAAGAGGAAAAAAAUGUUACAGAGACAACAAAAAAACCCAAGAAAAUAAAGUUUUAA